CUGGAGGAAUGUACGCAGAACACAUCUAUUGCUUGUGGCUCUGCGGACCGUCAUAACACUCAUUCUAACGGAACUCUGUGGCUAUUUAAUAUUCACUGGUGCCUGACAGCUAGCUUACUUCAGAGAAUGCACUGUGCUAAACAGUUGGCAUCCCUAAAACAGCAGCAUUGCAUCUGUCUCAAUCACAGCCAGGACAUGAAGAUGAAACAGCUGCUUCUGGUGGACCAGAUGCCUACAAUCUUCGAAACCUUUGAUGAGUUGUAUCAGCACGAUCCCUCUCGCAGGAAGGAAAAAGAACGGGCCAGCGAGUCCUUCACUCCCCAAACCCAAGACGACUACUUGAGGUCAAUCUGCCAUCUUGCCCAGCCCACCUUCCUGUGCGAGAUAGCCUCCAGAACCCCCGGCUCAGCUCACAGGUCCCCGAAGCUGAAAGUCAACCGCAGGCACCAGUCCGACCCUGCCUCUCCCGUCAGCUCGCUGAGGAGCAGCAACAAGGGAAAGCGGUUACCGAGCGGGACGGGGGGCUUGUCUGUGGACACGAUCGCCAUUGGAGUGGACAGGCAGCACGGGGCUCAGGGGCCGGCUAGUAACGUUGACCCCUUUGCUUGGCUUUUCGGGGAGUCGUGCAAAGAGAACCACCAAGUCAGCAGCCAGCAAGGCACCCAGCACCGUUCCCCCAGGGACUCUUGUCCCAGGGAAGACCGUCCACUCACAAGCUCUCACUCGCAGUGCUUUGACCGUGUGGCCCUGGCGGAAAAUAAGACUCACGAGAAGUGUGCCAAAGCCUCGCUGCUCAACUACUGCGCCGAUCUGGUGAAAGGAAAGCACGCUCCUUCUGAACUGUACUCGCACCGCAAAUCACCAGCCAAUCGGUCAAGUGCUGUCACUGCCAGUUCUUGGGCAUAAGCAAAAGGGGCUGACGUUCUCGGUCCUUUCCAAAUCUACAAACCCAUUCUCCGAUGGACAAUCUCCGAUAAAUGGGAGCAUCGGUUUCAUGAAAGAAGUGCUUUAUGUUCGAAGGACUUAUUGGAUAGUGGGUUGAGGACAAAUGGAUGGAAAUGGGUGUAAGCCAGAUUGGUGCUGGAGGGGCUGCUCUGCUGAGACAGAGUGGGGGAAGAGAUGGUCAGACCAUGGUAGAGCAGAAGGAGCAGCUGUGCUCCGGUUGCCCUGGGAACGUCUCUUCCAGACUCUGGUUGGAGAAGGUACAAUGCAUGUUGAUUUCUCAAUGGUAAUUUUGAAGGUGAGAGUUUCACCAAUGUGAUUUGGGUAGCAUGUGGCUGCUCCCAAAGCUUUCAGGAUGGGAACGUGAGAUUUGGCCAUUUUCCCAUUGCCGAUGUCUCAUCUUUUCCCAGUCUCAUGAUAAUUCGAUCUAUUAAAAGAAAAGUUUGCCCCUCUUCUUUCCCUUCUACCCUCCAUCCCCCCAAACCCCCCAGUCAAUCCAGGCUGGGAGAGAACAAGUACUGAGAGAGCACACGUACUGCACAGCUGGGAUCACCCCAAAAUGUCCAUCAGCAACAUGAAGCACUAGUUGAGCGGUUAACUGGGUAAGAAAUGAAAGAGGGGUGAAGGUUCCUCUGAUGUUCACACUCAGACCUGCUCCUCAAUAUUGUUUGUGGGUUGGCACUGAUGUAAAGUGUUCUAUUUACACAGCACUCAAGUCCUCCUUGUGAUGAACACAGAGUAAUUCAUCCUUGUCGAAAGGGGAAAAUUCCCAGAAGGGUUAAGGCCACCGUCAUUGACAGGCUGGUGUGGGAGUGACUGUUGGGGUGGAGGGGGGGAGGAGAAUCAGAAAGCAUCUACGUAAUAAUCCUUA